AUGUUAGCCGUGUGCCGUUUAAACCUGGCGACGUUUCGGGCCACUACAUUGACGGCUUCCAGGCUCGCAAAACGAUCCAUCGCAGUGACCUCGUUCAACAACUCUAGGCACUCUGCAUGUGUGUCCCGCACAACUACUAAAUCAACUGACCUUGAAAGGCUGCAACCCCUUGCUACUGGGACCCGUCACCGGUCACUUAGCUACGAUGUACAUGCACAGCGACUCUUUGAGAAUGAAGUUAAAAACUUUAAAUGGGAAGUACCAGAGUAUUUUAAUUUUGCCGUGGAUGUGGUGGACGCAUGGGCAGAGAAAGAAAAGACGAAUGAACGUGACACGAGCUUACCUGCAUUAUGGUGGGUCAACUCUAAAGGUGACGAACUGAAAUGGUCCUUUCAAGAUCUAAAGUCUUACACUACGAGAACUGCCAAGUUUCUACAUAAUGUUUGUGGAAUAAGGAAAGGCGACCGAGUUAUUGUAAUUCUGCACCGUGUUCCUGAAUGGUGGAUGGUUUGUCUUGGCUGUAAACGUAUUGGUGCAGUCGUAUCUCCAGGCUCACCACAGCUCACUGCCAAAGACAUCGCCUAUAGACUAGAUACAUCCAAAGCAACGACCAUAGUCACUGACAAAGAACAUGCAGUGAUGGCAGACCAGUAUAAAAACAAAGACGGUAUUCUAAAGAACAAAAUAUUUGUUUCAGACGAUAAAAUGGAAAGAGAUGGGUGGUUGUCAUUUGACAAAUUAUACAAGAAUUCAGACGAUGAUUUUGAGUCUAUACAAACAAAACACCAUGAUCACUCCAUGAUAUAUUUUACAAGUGGAACUACAGGAAAACCCAAAAUGGCCUUGCAUACACAUACAAGUUGGGGUAUUGGCCAUUACGUCACUGGAAAACAUUGGCUAAGUUUAACAAGUAAAGACGUGUUCUGGACUUUAUCCGACACUGGAUGGGCGUUGGGGGCGUAUGGAUAUUUAUUCUCUCCAUGGAUUAUGGGCGCAUGUGUAUUUGUUUACCAUGAACCACGAUUUGACCCUGUACAGACACUGAAGGUAUUAAGUAGCCAUCCAAUCACAGUGUUCUUAGCUGGACCCACGAUAUAUCGUAUGAUGUUACUUAACAGCCCCGAACAGUAUAAAUUUCCGUAUUUGCGGAGAUGUGUCAGUGGGGGAGAGUCUGUGAACCCAGACCUCGUUCUUUCUUGGAAAAAAGCAACUGGGUGCAGUGUAUACGAAGGCUGGGGACAAACAGAAACGGUAUUGUUGCUUGGAACGUUUCCUGGCGUAAAACAGCGUCUCGGGUGGAUUGGAAAAGCUGUGCCAGGAUUUGAUAUUAGAAUUGUGGAUGAAAAUGGCGUAGAACAACCAAAUGGUACUGAGGGAAUUAUUGGAGUCAAAGUUUUCCCAGAUAGACCAGUUGGACUCUUUGCUGGAUAUCUGGAUAACGAAGCCAGAAACAAGGCUGCUUUCUGUGGUGAUUACUAUCUCACUGGUGACAGAGGUAUAAAAGAUGACGAAGGUUAUUUCCGGUUUAUCUCACGUGAUGAUGACAUCAUUUCCUCAGCAGGCUAUCGUAUUGGUCCCACUGAGGUGGAGAACGCCCUCUUUGAGCAUCCAGCUGUCGCUGAAUCAGCAGCUGUCAGUAGCCCGGAUGAAGUCAGAGGAGGGGUUGUCAAAGCAUUUGUUGUACUCAAAGAAGAAUAUAAAGACCACGAUAAAGAUGACCUGAUAAAAGAAUUACAGGAACAUACAAAGAAAAUCACUGCGCCGUAUAAAUAUCCACGAAAGAUCGAAUUUAUUGAAGAACUUCCUAAAACUGUUAGCAACAAAAUACAACGUUUCACUCUCCGUAAUCAAGAGUGGAAUAAAGAAUGAACUGAGAUUUACUGUGAUCUAGCGAACAAUAUUCUAAGGACAAUACAGCUGUGCUGCAAGCAACGUUUCGUCAAUUGGCGACAGUGUUCGAACACGAGGUGUAUGCAACAUAUUAUAAACCAAAGUGUUGAUAACAUGUGAACUUAGUGCGUAGGUUCAGAAAAUAGAGGUAUUAUAUAUAUAUCGUGUUUUUUUCAGAGAAUGAAAACAAACAAAUAGUCUAACAAACUAUAACCGUUAUUAUCGUCUAAUGUACUUAAAGCGGGGAGUCGUCGCCUGCGCAUGCGUCAGAUGGCCAUAGUGUGUCAUUGUUUACAAACAAGCGUCUACCCAUGAGCCUUUGCGUUUUUAGCGUGUGUUAUCGUCGCUUGGGACUUAAUUCCCGCGCGUGCGCAGGUGACGACUCUCCCG